UUUAUACACACACAUAUAUAUAGAAGCAAAAGGGCAUUGAAUAUUUCUGCUAAAAACUUCAUAAAAAUUUCUGAGAAAAGAAGGAAAAGAAUGGCUUCAAAGGGUUUAAGAAUUGCUUCUCUUAUUUUGAGAAUUUUAACCUUUAUUUUCAUAUUUAUUUCUCUCUUAAUUGUUGCUACCAACUCUAAAACUGCUUUCAAAGGGACUGAGCUCGAAAAAAAAGUUGAUUUUAGUGAUUUUAAUUCGUAUAGGUAUUUGAUAGCAGUUACUGUUAUAGGAGGUGCUUUAAGUCUCCUUCAAAUUGCUUUCAACAUUUACCAUCUUGUUACUAAGGGCGAGGGAACUCCACUUUUCUAUGUGUUCAGCGAUCAGUUGUUAGCGUACCUUUUAUUAUCGGCCGCAUCAGCGGGACUAGGAGCGGGGAUCGACUUGAGAGUGAAUGUUAAACUGCUGCUUGAGGACGAUUAUUACAACUCAUUUUUUGACAAAGGCAAUGCUGGAUCUGCUAUUCUUCUCCUUGCAUUUAUCUGUUCUGCCAUUGUUUCAGUUCUCUCUUCUUUGGCUCUCAUUAGAAAGCCUGUUUGAUUCAUAAUCAUUUCUUCUAAACUUCUCUCUCUGUCAUCUUUAAAUUAAACCUCUUCAAUUUGUUUAAUUGUGUUAGACAUUUUUCUUUUUCUUUUUUCUUUUUUUAAGUGUUAUGGAAGUGCAUUAAUUUAUUGACUAGUGUGUACUUAACGUAUCCUCCUUUUUAAUAUUUGAUUUUCUAACUUUCAAAUUAACAGAGUUCUUGAUGUCUCA